GUCCCUAAGGUCUGGAUCUGACACAUGAGCACAGAGGCAGAGCGAGUACUGUGGUUUGAAAGAAAGGGCAUAUCUAAAAUACAUUUCAUUUUAAAUAUUUUAAUAUAAGAAAAAUUACAAAAGUAAUAGCCUGAUUGAAGAUUCAACUCUCCAUGUGAAGGGAUCUGAAAAAGCAAACUUUUCUUCCAGGGAAGAAUCCCUGCAAACAAACCACCAAUGAGAAAGGCAUGGUUUUAGGUUAAAAAUAAAAAUUUAAAAUUGGUAAUACAAAAAUACAUAUUCAUAAAUACUACACUUUAUGACUAGGCCUAAAUAGACGUAGGAAGUAAAUAAAUAAAAAGUAGAGAGACAUCAUUCCUUUAGGCUGUAAUACAUCUCUGUUCCCUUUUCAAGUAGCCCUUGUCAGGAGCUCUGAGGACCAUGGCGUGUGAAAGGAGCAGCUCUGGCGUGCGCAGGUGGCUGACCUUCACCACAGGCCUGCUGGAGUGUCUGUGCUUUGCAGGAGCCGUGUUUGGAUGGGCUUCUCUCGUCAUUGUACUCCGGAGAGAAGGAUACUUUAGCUCAUUGUGUGUGAACACCACAUCAGUCAGAGCCACAGGACUGAACAGGACAGAAGACAGUGAGAGACUGAACUUCAGCUCUGCUGGAGUUAACAACACACAUCCAUUGGAGUGCAGUGAACAAGAUGAGCACUUUUCUCUUGUGUUCACCAUCACAUCAUUUGCAUCAAACUUUCUGUCCUUUCCCAGUGGGUUCCUCUUUGACUGGGUGGGCACAACAGUCGCACGGCUCUGUGCAAUAUGUAUCUUCACUUUGGGGACAUUGAUGGUGGCCUUCUCAGCACCAGCCCUGUCAGUGCUGCUCUUCCCUGCUCUGUCCCUGAUGGGGGUCGCAGGCAGGAUGUACCUCAUGACCAACAUGCAGGUGGGGAACCUGUUUGGAGCACGGCGCUCCACAGUCAUCACGGUCUACACUGGAGCAUUUGGGUCCUCCUCUUUGCUCUUCCUGGUCAUUAAGUUGUUAUAUGAAGCAGGGGUCCCUCUUUACUCCUCCUUUCUGUUCCUGUCGGCCUGCAGUGCCUUUCUGGUGUUCAGGACACUCUUUCUGCUCCCUCUGAAGAGAAUCCCCUACCCAGUGCCUGAACACUACACUUACGGAAUAAUCUGUUGUAAUUCAAACACUGUAAUGUUGGGACAAAACGAAGCAAACAAUAAUUCCCACAUGACACUGAGUGAAACCUCAGCUGAUGACAACACAUGUUUGAAUGAGUUGAGUUUCUGUCAGUGUGUGCGGUCCAGUUUCUUUUUUUGGCAUUUGCUAUGGUUGUCUGUGAUACAGCUGAGGCAUUAUCUGUUCAUUGGCACACUAAACCCAAUGCUGCAGAGGCUCAGUGAACAUGAUCAGUCUGUCGUGAGCCAAUAUAGCAAUGCGUUUGCCGUCACUCAGUUGUGUGGUGUCCUAUGUGCUCCCUGGAACGGCCUGAUCAUGGACAGAUACCGCGCUAAACUAAAAUCAGCUGGACUUGGAGAAUGUGAAGCAGACCUGCGUGCUGCGAUGCUUUCUCUCACCCUGACGUCUCUGUUCUGUGUGCUGUUCUCAGUUUGUGCCAUGAUCCCUGUUUUGCAGCUUCAGUACUUCACCUUUUUCCUGCAGGUUUUGAACAGAGCUUUUUACACUGGCAGUGAUGCAGCCUUCAUCCAUGUCAUUUUCCCGUCAUGUCACUUUGGUAAACUGUAUGGCCUUAUCAAAGGUCUGUCAGCACUUCUGUCUCUGCUGCAGUACCCCUGUUUUAUUCUGGUGGAGGACAUCCUGAAUGGGGACCCCUUAUAUGCAAGUCAACAUUGGUCUCACAGUACUCGUCCUGGUGAUCUUCAUCCAUCCUGUGUCUGUGUACAUCUACUGUCAAAGAAUUGCUUUAAAACAAACGCUAAGAAAAGUCAACAUUGUUUCAUGUUAGUCACAAAUGAAGUCUGUAUGCUUAUGUAACACUGUAACCACAGUAAAUGCUACAAAAUGAUCAAA